AUGAAGCUGCAGCCCCCAUGGCCGCCAAGCUGUCACGGGAAUGACGAACUCCCAAACGCGUCUAUCCAGGUCGAGAGAAACAACGGAGUUUUAUCAACUGGUACUGGCGGGGACCUGGAGACGAUGGGGGCCAGAAUUUCUGGAGAUGUGUUAAUGGGGUCUCUCCGUGAUAUCUCAACAAAUUAUAGUGGAAGUAACAUGUGUGACUCAUUACUAACAGGGACUUGA